UGUUUGCAAGAAUUACAGAUGAUUCAAUGCAAACACAAUGAGACAAGUAGGCUACAGGUUGUGGUACACCUUUUGAUUUGUUUGCUUGUUUGAUAGAGAGAUUACACAGGAGGACGUUUUUCUGACGGAUUUCUUCGAGCACAACAUACCUGAUUUAUGUCUUUUGUUCUGAAUGGAGAAAUAGUUUUGUUAUGACACUAGCUAGAACACCUGAAUUGUGCCUCCAGAGCCUCAGGAAUCGCCGUGUUUCUCUUGUGGACAAACUCGAAUUCCACAUUGAUUCACUUAUAGAUGUAUUAAUUACAAAAGAGGUCUUAACUAGAGACGAUCGAGAGGAGGUAGAGUAUUCAAAGGGACCACGUGCAAAGGUACGCAAAGUACUGGAUAUACUGGAGGGAAAGGGAGAAGAGGCAGCUAGAAUUUUCAUUUCUGUAAGUAGCCACCUUGGAGAGUCCAACAUCAAGACUGGAGAUCAGGAUCUAAAACAGACAUCAGAAUACCUAAAGGUCAUAGCAAAGCAUAAAGCCAUCUUGAAACGCAGAAGUGAAUGUAUCAUCAACUAUAACACUCGUCAUGGAGAGAAGAUCCAUUUUUCUGAACACUACGUCAAUCUGCUGAUUGUGAAAGGCCACCAUUGUUUAGAAAUUAAAAGACAUGAAGUUUUAACCUUUGGACAGCAGCGCAUUUCUCUUCAGCAAAAAGCUACAGAGCAGAGACUGAUCAAGCCAGCACAGCUGUUUUCCAGUGAAACAGGCAAAAAGCCUGCCAAAAAAAUUUUGGUGACUGGAGUAGCAGGGAUUGGGAAAACUGUCCUGGUCCAGAAAAUUCUUUGCGAUUUCAGUAACCACAAAGAACAUCAAUCUUUUGAUUUCAUUAUUCACCUGACCUUCAGGGACCUGAAUCUUGUCAGCAAGCCAGUGAGCCUACGAGAACUUAUUCUCCGUAAGAAUGGACAUCUUGCUAAGCAUCUCGACACCAUCACUGAAAAUGAUGCUAAACUCUUGAUCAUUUUGGAUGGCUUUGAUGAAUUUAAGCACUAUAGGGGUUGUGAUGUGGACGCCUUUUUGACAGAUCUUGAUGAGGAAGGCGAGGUGGUGGAAGUCUUGUCCAGCUUAAUGUUAGGGGAACUCCUCCCAGAAGCUUCUGUGCUGGUUACCAGCAGGCCCAUGGCUGUUAGUCACAUCCCCAUUGGAUCCAUUGACUGCUUUGUUGUCAUAACUGGAUUCUCCACUGUUGAGAUCCACGACUUCUUCCAGUGUUUCUUUCAGGAUGAGGAGCUAGCUACUAAGAUGUUCAACAUAGUGGCAGCAAAUGAACUAAUGCUUACUCUCUGCUACAUACCAGCUUUCUGUCAUAUUGUGUGUAGCAUUCUGAAAGAAAGUAAUGGCCUGUACCCCGCUAACCCUAGGACAAUGACUGAUAUUUAUGUGCAGUACUUGCUGGCAUUGGUCAAAUCACACACAAACAAUCGUCUUGAAUCAUUAAAUAAUGUCACUGGCAUGAAGCAGCAAAACCAUCUACAAGAAAUCCUAUUAAAACUUGGCAGGUUGGCAUAUCAGAAACUAAUGAAUCAAGAAACUCUGUUUUAUAGCAACAAUGAUGAAAUAACUAGCUGUGCUAUCUCAAGCACUUUUCUGGACAAGACAUCUAUUCAGGAGCCAAGCUGCACAGAAGAUGUGUAUUCCUUUACCCAUCUCACAAUACAGGAGUUUUUUGCUGCACUUUAUUGUGCCAUGGCAGAUGUGCCCUUAUCAGAGACAUUAGGUUCAGGCAGUGAAUACAGUAUCAAAAGUCUGCCAGGAAACCUUGAUCUGUUUACAAGAUUCCUUUCUGGUCUUCUAUCAGAAAGGAACCAAGAACUUCUCUCCAGACACAUCGGAUUUCAAAAGCAGAAGGAUAAAAUGCAAUCCUUCCGACUGAAGCUCAUAUCGGAUACUCAAGCCACUUGUGAGGAUGGCGCUUACAUUCUAACACAGUUGCACUGUAUUGUAGAGCAACAGGAAGUGCUACUGUUGCAAGAACUCAAGCUACAAAGUCUGCGUAUCAACCUCAGUGACGUUUCUCUCUCCACCAUGGAUUACAAUGCUGUGAAGCACUUUCUCAAUGAAAUACAUCUGACUAUAUCCGAACUGGAUCUGACUGGGACAAACAUCAGCACUGAAGCACUAAGAGAUUUACAACCCUACUUGCUCAGAUGUGAGAAGCUAUGGCUGGGGGAAAAUAAUCUGGACCUGGAAGCAAUCAAGGUAGUUGCUGACGUCCUGCAAGCAUCCAAUAUCUUAAAGGACAUUGGUUUAGGAUGGACAGACAUUGGUGACGAACAUCUUUUUGUGCUCACAAAUGCUAUGAAGACAAAUCAAACACUGGCAGAACUCUGGAUGGAGGGGAACAGACUCACUUUUGCAGGCUUAUCACCAUUAAGUGUCUUUACACCUCCUCUUGAGAGAGUUGUUGCUAUUUGGAACAAUGUAACUGAUGAUGAAGGAGAUCGCCUCAACAGCCUCUGCCCUGAACCCUGCUUCACUGUGUCCUUCACAGAAAAUAGUAUGUGGAAAGAGUGGGCCAGCUGGGUUCUUCAAAGAUGUGAGGUGAGUAGCAGUGAGAAGCUGGUGACGAUACUCUACAAAGUGUGUGACAUAUCUUUCCUCAGUAUAGAAAGCCAGUGGGCCAAGUCUUUCUAUAUAAGCCUGACAAAACUAAUAAGGACACGAAUUGAGCAGUGCAUGGAGGAGGACGUGCGACGGAAACUGGAGAAGUUUGAGACAAUUCUGACCACGUAGUGGGCUUCUAACUGCUGGGAUUUAGUAGACUGUAGAUGCUGUUUUACACAGCCCAAAGAGUGGAAUUUUUUUCACCAAUGUCAUAUUUUUUUAUUCAUUCUUUUACAGCUUAUAUGGGCUGUGUCACCAUAAAAUGAGUCUAGUGUCAGAAAAGUUGAUUCCAAGAUACACUACCAGUCAAAAGUUUGGAUAAACUUUCUAAUUAAAUAAGGUUUUUCUUAUUUUUAUGAAUUGAAAGACACUUCAUGUCUUAAAGUAAUGAUGGGCUUUUGGACUUUCGUUUCUCUUUACUUAGUUGAGCAAUUCUUGACAUAAUAUGGAUUACUACAGUUGUGGAAUAGGGCUAUUUACUGUAUUUUUAUUAUUUACUAUUUACUGUUUGCUCUCAAACACAUUAAGAAGGUAAGAAAUUGCACGAAUUAGCUUUUGACGAGGCACCUGUUAACUGAAAAGCAUUCCAGGUGACGACCUCAUGAAGCUGGUUAAGAUAACACCAAUAGUGUACAAAGCGUCAUCAAGGUAGCUACUUUGAAGAAUCUAAAAUAUGAAACAUAUUUUGUUUUUUUAUAUGUUCCAUGUGUUAUUUCAAAAAGUUUUGAUGUUUUCAAUAUUGUUCUACAAUGUAGAAAAUAGUUAAAAUACAGAAAACCCUAUGAAUGAGUAGGGGUGUACAAACUUUUGACUGGUACUGUAUAUAUCUAUAACGUAUCUGUCACCAAAAUAAUAUACUGUAAAACAACCUAUAAAUAUGACUUUGUAGGCUAAAUAAAUGCAUGCUGCGCAUUAACUUCAGUUUACACACCAUAAUGUUUCCAGCUGAUUUUCUCCAAACUUGAUCUUCUGUGAAGAUUAUUAUACCUUAAACAUUUACACUAAUUUCUCUGGAUUGGCUGCACCAAAUUUAGCAAUUUUAUUUUAAAGAUAAUGAACUGUAGAUUUAGAAUAUCCAGUACAUUUCAUUUUUUGACCAACUGGACUCAUUUUGCAGUGACACA